CCUUCGGCUUUCGACACUAGGAAAACGAAAAAGCGAACAUCCAUGGAUUCCUGUCAGCCUUUUUGGAACUGGAGGGAUCCUCUGAAAAAGCCACAAGCGUCGUGUGUUCCGGCAAAGCUUGCCAUUUCGGCGAGUCCGCAGCGAAAAGCGGAGACGAGACAUUCUGGUUUUCAAGUGGAGAAACCGACUCAGUCUCAGUCAAAGGAGUUUCUGCUCUUGACUCCGAGAAGUCGCUUUCUUCCUGGCCUUCAGGGAGAUUCGAACUCAGAAUUCAACCCCUCGCAAGUGCCUGCAGGAGUAUACGCGGCGAGAUGAAGCCAAUGGAGACGAUUUUCCUGUCCUGCACUCUUUAUGUACACUUGUAAACGCCUACCCGUCUUCACUGAGUCUCCGGUCGUUCGUCUGUCUGGAAGGGAAGAACAUGCAGGAGGUCUCUCGGUCGGAAAGAGUAUCUGUCCCUCCUCCUCUGUGUCUCGGCGUUGCUCCUCCGGUCCUCCUCUCCGUCGUCGUCUUGAGCAGCUGCUUUGUAUCGUCGACUCAGACAUCAUUCGCCGUCUCCUUCUCUCGCCUUCUUUCUGGCGUUUGCACACCUCAGCACCUGUGCAGCGCUUUGCCGUCGCUGUCCUUUGACGGUGGCCCCUGUUUCCUCCGCCUCCCGCUUUCUGCGGGACUUCUUCGUUGCUGAACCAGGGCGUGCCGUUGCAAACAGGAAGACAAACCAGUUGAAAAUGGUUGCUUCGCUUGGUUUUCCUCUCCUCUCUGUUUAGAACCAUGAGCACUUCAACGGGGGGGGAGACUCCCAGCCCCCAAGCUCUGCCUUCUCCUCAGGCGAGCACCUCUGCUACUCUGACAGCGACAGACUUGCAAGCAGCCUACACCCUCGGUCAACAACAUGACAACGAACUCACUCAGGAACUGCUUCUGCAGCAGGGCUGGGGAAAGGAGAAGAUCGUCGCCGCCUUCAACCGUCUAACGGAGGCGAGAGCAGCUGUCAUUCGCCGAAAGGGCACUGGGCUCUGUUGUCUCCUGCGUCCAUCGAACGUCAUUGGAAAGCUGAAGACUCUGGACGCGUUCGACUACAAAGUCUACUGUGCAAUUGAGCAAGCUGGCACGACCGGUGUCUGGACAGCGGAUCUGCGGAAGAGCACCGGACUCCAGACUCACAUCAUUCAGCGCAGUGUGAAACAGUUGUGCGACUUCCUCAAGCUCAUCAAGCCUGUCAAAAGCAUUCACGUGAAAAAUCGGAAAAUGUACAUCUUGGCGCAUCUCGAGCCGGCGAAAGAGAUCGCAGGAGGGUCAUUCUACAGCAAUGGCGAGUUCAACGAACACCUUGUUGAGCAUCUGCGUGAUCAGACGCGAACGUUUCUUCAGAAUGCUGGAACUGCUUCCUUCCAGGCUCUGGCCGCCUACACCCGAAGCAGCGGCGAACGAAAUGGCGCCACGUUCAGUGACGAGGACUUGGAAAAGGUUUUAAACACAUUGGAAUUUGAGCAGAAGAUCUGUCGAGUUCCGACGCUCGGCCAGCCAACAUUUGUGUGGAGCAAAUUCCCUGCCCUCUACGACCCGUCGGCCGUGCCGUGUAGUACGUGUCCUGUGAAAAGCUCGUGUUACAGCCGGGAGGAAAACAAGAUUUCUCCGGCGAACUGCGAGUAUCUGUCUUCUUGGCUGGGCCUAGAUUUCGAGGUCGAUGCAACUUCUGAAGCAGACGAAGGCGGAGCAUCUGAACCGCAGAGUCCUAGCAGUCGGUGACAUACUGCUAACAACAUGUGGCAACCAGAGAAGGCACGUACUUGGCCACGGAGAACUCUGAAAUGUUUACAUUCGUUUCUGUUGCUUUCGCGUCUCUCAGCUUAUUUUCGUUGUGAUUAUCGCUUCUGCCAACGUUUAUUUUUCUCCAUUUCACUUUCUUCUGACUGUUGUAUGUUUGUUCGAGGCUUCGUGUGCGGGGAGUAUGUGUGACCUUCGCUGAUUCCACUUUCUUUGUCCUUUUCCAUUUUCAUUAACACUUCCUCCUCUCGCUAAUUUUUCUUUUCGAAAAUCAGGUAUGCAGCUAUGUUCAACCAGUGGAAACAUUGACGCCCUUACCAAAGACUGCAUUGCUUCUCGAUUUAAGACCAGUAUCCGAUGUCUGUGAAGCUUUGUUGCCAC